AUGCGAUUUCACGUACUGACCCUGUUUCCAGAGGCAUUCGCUCAGCCCCUUCAGUUCAGCAUCGUCGCCCGCGCGGUGCAGCGGGGGCAGAUCAACAUCGACGUCGCUGACAUUCGCGACUACACCCACGACGCCCACGGCACCGCCGACGAUUACCAGUUCGGCGGUGGCCACGGGAUGGUAAUGAAGCCCGAGCCCGUAUUUGAGGCUGCUGAGGCCACCCUGUCCGGUUACGAUGCCGUGAUUCUAACCACCCCCCAGGGCGAGUUGCUAACCCAGAAAUUGGUGGAGGAGCUCGCCUCCUCCCCGGCCAUCGCCAUCAUUUGCGGUCACUACGCCGGCGUCGACGAGCGAAUUGCGGAGGGCCUCGCCACCCGCCCGGUCAGCAUCGGCGAUUACGUCCUGACCGGCGGCGAGCUUCCCGCCAUGAUCAUCAUCGACGCCGUCACUCGCUUGCUUCCAGGCGUUGUCGGUUCUCCCGAAAGCGUCGCCGGAGACUCCAUAACCACCGGCCUACUCCAGCACCCGCUCUACACCCGCCCCGCCGAAUUCCGAGGAAUGACCGUACCCGAGGUCCUGCUCUCCGGCCACCACGCCGAGAUCGAUCGUUGGCGCCGCCGGAAGUCGCUGGAACGCACCCUGGAGCACCGUCCCGACCUGCUAAGCACGGCCUCGCUCACCAACGACGACCGACGUUACCUCGCUGGGCUGGGAUACGCUCCACCCGAUGCCGGGCAGCGGCAUCUACCACCUGCCCCGGUCCGGCUAUUUCGACCUCGCCGUGGUCAAGACGACCAUAGACUUCCGCUCCCCCGCCCUCGUCGACGAGCUCGUCGAGGCCUGUGUUCGCGUCUCCCGCUUCGGCAACUCCAGCAUGGACAUGCAGAUGGAGCUCUACCGCCCCGAACCCGAGACCCUGCUCACCACCAUCGACGCCGUCUACGUCGGCUACGACGCCACCACCAGGGCCUCUCGCCGCGUCCCAGACGACUUCCGCGAGCUCGUAAACCACUACGAGCAGACCGGCGAUGCCCUCCCGCUUUCGCGUUUCCCGGCCCUGGAAGAGGCCAUGCGCAUAGGCGCGGCCGCGGACCUACCACUCUGAAAGACAUUCCCUUUCAAAACGCUCCAGCGGGCGGCGCCCAAACACUUUACUGA